CUACGUGUUCAUUCCCUUCACCACUUUAAUUUUUCAAUUUUUGGCAAUAAACCCCCAAAAAUUAAAUAAUAAAAAUCUUCAUUUGUUCUCUCUACACCCUUCGCUUAUUUCCCCCCUCUCUCUGCUCUCUCUCCUCGUUAUCUGCCACAUCAGCAACAAUGGGAGGUCCGAUCGUGCUGACUCAACUGGCCACCGGUCUCGGCGUCUUGGCGGGCGCGGUCUUCGUCAAAACGAUCAUGGACCGGAACACCAUGGCCGGCCCGUUCCCGCGGUGUCCCAGGUGUAACGGAACGGGUCGGGUCUCGUGCUUCUGCUCCCGCUGGUCCGAUGGCGAUGUCGGGUGUCGGAGCUGUGCCGGGUCGGGUCGUACGUUAUGUAGCAGCUGUGGUGGGUCGGGUACGGGUCGGCCACUUCCGGUUCAGAUCUCCGUACAGCGUCCCAACCCUCCGUCUUAGCUGGUUCAGUUCUGCUUCUUAUUAGAAAGUUAUAGAAUUUCUCUCUUUCCUCUCAAUUUUUUUUCCAAAAAAAAAAUUAAAUCUUGUAUUAUAGUAAGUUAAUGAUAUUUUGAGGGAAGGAGAGGAGGUGAGAGUUCAUCAUUAGGCUGUAAUGAGGUGACUUUCCUUCAAAUUAAUAUAUUUUUAUAACUAAAUUUGUCUGCUUAAUUGACAAAUUUGUUACCUUUAAGUGUAAUUUGUAUUGGGUUCCACUGAAUUUCACAAUUUAGUUUACUCAAGUUUAAUUAGAAUUUUAGUAUUUGCUGCUUAA